UCGGCAUGCGGCGAGCGCGGAGUGUCACGGGGCCCUUGCGGAGGGCCCACCCUGCCUCAGGGGCCACCUGGAACGUCCAGGUGGUCCGCGGUAAAAUGAGCUCGCAGUGUCUAUGGCACGCGUGUCGCGCGCUUUCCGCGGGGCUGCUGUUGAUGCUGCUUGGUGCAGCCAUGGCCGUCAUAGGGUACUACGCUGACACACUGUCCGUAGAUCAAGAGGUUCGCGGCAACGCCACCAUAUCAGUAAAGGACGAGGCGAGGGGCUUCCAUCUCAACAAUCUAUCGUACGCCGGGCCCAUCGUCAUGGGGUUCGGAGGUUUCAUAGUAGUGGCAGCAUGCGUGAUGACGUUCGAGGCCCGCGACAGCGCGGCGAAGGUGACGCCGGCGCGGCCGCAGGCGCUGCCCCGGCCCGUGCCGCGGCGCGGCCCGUGUGCGCCCGCGCGCAUCGACCAUCUCGGCGUUUACCGCCUGCCACACGUGCUGCCGCUACCGCACUCCCUACCCCUCGCACCCGUCUUCAGGCAUCGCCCGCCGCAUUCCGCUAGAACCGCCGAGAAAAAGGGGCGUGCCCGGUUCGGGUCGGCGCCGGACCUGCGCGGCGGCGGCGCGCGCGCCGUUCCCAUCUCGGCGCUGCGCCGGCCGCUGCGCCGGUACGCGCUGUCCGUCGACGAGCCGCCGCACUCCGCCGUCAGUGCGAGCGCCGCGGAGUCAGAGUGCGGGUCGCAGUCGUCGCUUGCGCUGGACCUGCACGCGAGCGGCGCGUGCGCCGGCGUGACGCUGCGCGUGCGCGACAACACGCGCCGCCGCCCGCUCGCGCGGCAACAGCGCCUGCGGGAGGACGCCGGUCACACUCCGGGAGAAAGUGCUCUAAAUGUCAACGUGUUAGAAGAUCCAUUAACAAAAAUGAAUGAAUCGGAGGAAAUUAGUGAACCUGACGUUACUCGCCUGUCAGUGGAAGUGGAGACCCGGGCGAGCAGCGCGCCGCUGCCUUCGCAGCCGUCGCCACCGCCGUCGCCGCGGCUCGUGGUGACGCCGUGCCCGCUGUCGCCCGGCGACACCACCAUCACCAUCGAGCCCGAGGCCGAGCCCCCGCCCGACCAAUGAGACCUGACCCCGUCUCGCAGCGCCGAGACCGUCGACACCUCUGACACUACCGCCUCGAGCGAACCUUGUUGAUAUUUUUUUAAGAGUUAUACAAUCAUUUAAACUUUAUUGUACUUACAUCAUUUACACGGUUUUCGAUGUGCCCCUACGAUGUGAAGGCAGAUUUUCUAUUGCAUAGAGGUGUGUUUGUGGCUGUUUACGACUGUUGAAUGUUGAUAGCGGCGGGAGGACCGCCGCGCCGGUGCGUCGCCGCUGCCUGUGUACGUAGAAUUGUGUGUUAGUUUCAGAAACCUACAGUAGAAACUCGUACAUUGGCUGUUUUACAUUAAGACUACUUGGUAAUAUAUUAAAAAUAGUAAUAACCCUGAUGUGAAACAAUUUAACAUGGAUAUAUUGUUAUGUAUGUACGAGUAUAACGUACACGAUUAUCACGAUACAUUUAUAUAGGUACUUCAUUUCAUCAUAAAGUUAAUUUUAUGAGGUCUUUUAUUAUUGUCGUCUUAUUAGCAAUAUACUUAGUAAAUAUGCUAUUAAUUUUACUGAUUGACAUCAUUUUUACUUAGAUAAAAUACUGAUAAUUAAAUAUAUAUUAUAAAAAGACUGAUAAGCGAAUUUCAUAAAUAUCAAAGCUAAUAAAACAUAUUAAAAUGAUAAAAAUUUCAUUACCAACAUAAUAACAUUAUACUAAACUAAUUCCCAAUGAAUCUAAAUAUAAUGAAAUAUUCGCGAGUCAAGGUAUAAUAUAGAUUUCUUUUUUCAGUUUUCAGGGGCCUACUGCGUCAACUGCUUUAAUUUUGCUGAAUAAGGGCCAGUUGCAUCAACCACAUUUGACAGACACAUCAUCGUCACGCAGCAGACGUCUAUGGAACUUCCCAUACAAUAAAAUUUAACGAACGCUUUAACGGCGACAGACGGUUUGGUGCAACCGACCCUAAAUCUUAUUAAAAUGUGAUAAUACGAUUGUUAAUCGUAGAUAGGAGUGGAUACGGUAGUAAACUUGAUUUGAAGUUUUAUAUAAAUAUUUACACGUAAUGAGAUCUUGUUCAUAGGUUGACACCGUAGUAAUCUAAGAAUAAUAUUUUAGCCUGGCUGUCAUCGUCACCUAACCUGUCUUUCGUCGGGCUUAUUAUUUAUUACGUACCUACUUAUAUUUUUAUACGUAGGUACAUAAUACAUAGUUACCUCCGGUCAACCUUAAUUUCAUCAAGAGUAAAUACCUAUUAAUUGUUUUAUUAGGUUCCUACCUAGUUCACAAACCAUUCAUGUUGUUAAAAUAUUACUUACCUACUUUAUUGCUAUUUUUUACGAAUAUGUAAGUUGUUGGAUCUUUGAAAAGGAUCUUCAUGUUGCUUUGGUGACAAUUAGUGUAUGAUGUGUUAAGAGUCUAAAGUACGCUCAAUUGACAUGUAAAACAACGACAAUUACAAUAUAAUAUAUUUUUAAAAGUAUAUAUUUAUCCAAUGUAAGUCGAAAACAGAAUAGCGGCUUACAACCCUCGAUGUCUCUAAUUUUCUUCAUAACGAGCAUUAACUAUUCAUGAAUUUUCAGACACAGUUAUUGUAUGUAUAAUAAUCAUAAAUAUCAUAAUAGACGUGUGUACCUACCCUAAAUCUUUCACAGCUUUUCCCUAAGAGCCACUGGCACCACCCGCUUAACUACCUUGCCCACUAACCUUGAGUUAAGCGGGUGGUGCAAGUGGCCCUAAGCGUAGUUGCCAUUUUGUGAAGAUAACUAAUCCAGGGGAACUAAGAAGAAAAACAAACUAUUGCCAAUGUCCUUUCUAUAAAAUCUUUCGUCCAAUAUUUCUAAAUUAGGCUAGAAGAAAAUAUAAUCUGUGUGGUAGUGGUUAUUAAUAACACAAUAUUUAUUCACCCAAAAUUCAAAUUGAAAUCGGAUUCUAACUGUAGUAAUUGUUUACCGAGACUUCGCAUAUGGCCUAUGAAAUUGAUGUUAUGGGAAUUAUGGGAUUAAUACUUGGGGUGAUGUUGAAUAUUCCGUAUGCCGGGUAUGCAUUACUUACAUAAAUAAAACCUUAAUCUUCGGAGUUUUUACAAAGUAUACUGGAUUGUUUAGGAAGCUAGUAUGUACAUGAAAACGUAAUUAGACGUAGUUAAAUAAUUCUAUGUGUUAAUUAAAUGUUGUCUACCCUAACGACGGAGGUCGUUAUCUGACUGAUCAGCCAAUUCGUAAAUUGGUCACUUUUAUACAACUUAGAAUGUUUUGUAUCGAUGGUAAUUGUACAAAAGUCUUACGUAUAGGAAACUGUAAUAUGUACUCAAUCCAAAUGGUUGUUGUGAUGUCUAUUAAAAUUGUUGAAUAUA